AUGCGACGUAGCGUUAUUCGGCAGCGUAAGGAGUUUUUAGAGAGGAGACAGAAUGAACAUGUACACGCGGCGAUAUAUACAAAGAAGGAGCAGUUCCGUGAUGCCAUUCAAAACGCCACCCCCCUUCCUGGUCAUCUGCGCAAGGAUGCUCUUGCCCUAAAGAAAUUCUCUGAAUUAGAUGAUGACCAAACAAAAGUACUGCAGACGACUGUUGACGACGAGUACGCCAAAGCUGGAGUGGAGGAUCCGCAUGUACUCGUAACAACAUCACGUGAACCUUCCCAGAAACUGUUGGAGUUCGCUAAGGAAGUGCGUCUCAUUAUUCCCAAUGCGGUGCGCUUAAACAGGGGUAACCUCAACAUUCGGCAACUUAUGGAGGCAGCAAGACGUGAUCAGUACAGCGAUGUAGUGGUUUUGCAGGAAUCUCAGGGCGUCCCUGACAGUCUAACCAUCUCUCAUUUACCUCUAGGACCCACAGUAGUCUUCACAAUACACAACCUUGUGACACGACAUGACAUUGAAGAUGUCGGUACAAUGUCAGAGCAGUAUCCACACCUAAUUUUCGAAAACUUCACAACGAAGUUGGGUUGUCGCAUACGGGAUGUGCUCAAGUACCUUUUUCCCGUACCCAAACCAGAGGCCACACGUGUGCUGACAUUUGACAACCAGAAUGACUUUAUAAGUUUUCGUCACCAUACCUUUAAGAUGGUUAAGAAAAGCAACGUGCAGCUAACGGAAGUGGGCCCACGCAUGGAAUUGUCACCCUGCCGAAUAAUGUUGGGGACUCUCGAGAUGGAUGAUGCAGAGACGGAAUGGGUUCUGCAACCGUACAUGAACACAGCGAAGAAGCGGAGACUGAUGUAA